AUGGCCCUUCCCGGCAUCCCCUAUGAGCGGCGGCUUCUCAUCAUGGCGGACCCUAGAGAUAAGGCGCUGCAGGACUACCGCAAGAAGCUGCUGGAGCACAAGGAGAUCGACGGCCGCCUCAAGGAGUUAAGGGAACAAUUAAAAGAACUCACCAAGCAGUAUGAAAAGUCUGAAAAUGAUCUGAAGGCCCUACAGAGUGUUGGGCAGAUUGUGGGUGAAGUACUUAAGCAGUUAACUGAAGAAAAAUUCAUUGUUAAAGCUACAAAUGGACCAAGAUAUGUUGUGGGUUGUCGUCGACAGCUUGACAAAAGUAAGCUGAAGCCAGGAACAAGAGUUGCUUUGGAUAUGACUACACUAACCAUCAUGAGGUAUUUGCCAAGAGAGGUGGAUCCAUUGGUUUACAACAUGUCUCAUGAAGACCCUGGGAAUGUGUCCUAUUCUGAGAUUGGAGGGCUAUCAGAACAGAUUCGGGAAUUAAGAGAGGUGAUAGAAUUACCUCUUACAAACCCAGAAUUAUUCCAGCGUGUAGGAAUAAUACCUCCAAAAGGCUGUUUGCUAUAUGGACCACCAGGUACAGGAAAAACACUGUUGGCACGAGCUGUUGCUAGCCAGCUAGACUGCAAUUUCUUAAAGGUUGUAUCUAGUUCUAUUGUAGACAAGUACAUUGGUGAAAGUGCUCGUCUGAUCAGAGAAAUGUUUAAUUAUGCCAGAGACCAUCAGCCAUGCAUCAUUUUUAUGGAUGAAAUAGAUGCUAUUGGUGGUCGUCGGUUUUCCGAGGGGACUUCAGCUGAUAGAGAGAUUCAGAGAACUUUAAUGGAGUUACUGAAUCAAAUGGAUGGAUUUGAUACUCUACAUAGAGUUAAAAUGAUCAUGGCUACAAACAGACCAGAUACACUGGAUCCUGCUUUGCUUCGUCCAGGAAGAUUAGAUAGAAAAAUACAUAUUGACUUACCAAAUGAACAAGCAAGACUAGAUAUAUUGAAAAUCCAUGCAGGUCCCAUUACAAAGCAUGGUGAAAUAGAUUAUGAAGCAAUUGUGAAGCUUUCAGAUGGUUUUAAUGGAGCAGACCUGAGAAACGUUUGUACUGAAGCAGGUAUGUUUGCAAUUCGUGCUGAUCAUGAUUUUGUAGUACAGGAAGACUUCAUGAAAGCAGUCAGAAAAGUGGCUGAUUCUAAGAAGCUAGAGUCAAAAUUAGACUACAAACCUGUGUAA